UACACUAUACGCGGGCUCAGAUGACUCCUGCCCAGUGUGCAUAGCCUGCAGCUUGGUGCGAGUGCGGACCUUCCCUUGAUUGGUAUUAACUUAAUUGCAACGUGGUUGUUCUGUAGGUGCAGGAAUUAAUUGCAGAUAUUGUUGUCAAAAAUGGAUUGGAAUGAAUUCGACCUGAACCCUAGAGUGAUUGCAGCGCUUAAGAAAGCAAACAUAAAAUCCAUCAAAGAGAUUUUCAAUCUUUCGGAAGCAGAUUUACAAAGGUUGACAAAACUGUCCAGUACAGAUGUACAUUACAUGCUAAGAACAAUUUCCGGUGCACUGAGAAAAAACACUGUCCUUACAGCACUUCAGCUAUUCCAGGACGAAAACCAUGGCAGUACCCGAUUAAGCCUCGGCUGCCCAGUUCUAAACACCUUUCUCCGAGGUGGCAUUCCACUUACAGGCAUCACCGAAAUUGCUGGCGAGAGCUCUGCAGGGAAGACCCAAAUUGGCUUGCAGCUGUGCAUUUCUGUGCAAUAUCCAUAUUGUUAUGGUGGGCUAGAAUCUGGUGCUGCUUACAUCUGCACUGAAGAUGUUUUCCCAAAUAAACGCCUGCAGCAGCUGAUUGAACAGCAGUCCAAACUGAGAGGUGACAUUCCACCUGAAGUGGUGCAGAAGAUGAAAUUUGGAAACAGUAUUUUUGUUGAGCACGCUGCAGACCUGGACACUUUCCAGAAGUGCAUUAGCAAGAUGAAUGUCCUGCUCUCACACGGCAUGGUGCGCCUGGUUGUCGUGGAUUCCAUUGCUGCCCUGUUCAGGUGUGAAUUCAGUGCAAAGGACUCUGUCUUGAAAGCGAAAUAUUUGCAGAUGUUCGGAGCCAGACUUCACAGACUGAGCAGCAAGUUCCAGAUCCCGGUGGUAUGCAUUAAUCAGGUCACGGACAAAAUGGAUGAGACAGGGGGUGCCACACCAAGUAAUCCUGGCUGCACAGCUGAGAGUGUGGCUCCAGCACUGGGAAUAACGUGGUCCAAUCAGCUACUGAUGAGACUGAUGGUGAGUCGCACGUUCUGCCAAGCUGCCAGACACCCAUCAAGCCAUAACGGAAGUUCCCUGCGGACAAUGAGGGUCAUUUUUGCUCCUCACCUGCCCCCGUCUUUCUGCUACUAUACAGUGAACCUGGAAGGUGUGAGAGGCAUAAAAGAAGAAACUCCAACAUGAUUAAUGAAGAAGGCUAUAAAGCAACCAGUCUUUUGUUUCCUAUAAAAAUAGGAGAGCCACCAUUAAAAUGAGCCUGAAAUACUUGUCCAACAAUACUCUCCUUUUAACUACUGCUUUUUCUCUGCGCCUCUGUAGUGGAAACAAUGGCAGACCACUCAUGUUACUCAACUGGAUGGCACCCUUGGUAAAAAGCUGGAAAAUGUCAGUGGCUGAGGUUCAAUGCAGCCUAUGACAACACAACAGAGUAAGUACUGGGAAAGACCAGCACAAUUUUAGAGUGACACAACAUGAAAGGUUUAAACUUCAGACAGGCUGUACUGAUAUUGUGCCAGUAUCCUUCAGAGAGCCAACAAAGGGGAACCCCACGUAACAGCUCACAUGCCUCUUGUAUACUUUGAUUUGACAGUGCAGUAAAAUAAAGAAUUCCCUUUGUUGUAUGUUUAUUUGCAUGUGUGUUAACAGUAGCGUUAUUAGUAGCAAGCAAGCAUUUUGACCGAAACAAAACCUUUCUGAACUGAGUACUCUUUGAAGCCAGUCACAUCUUUUUCGUAUGUUGUUAGAGCACAGUAGCUCAAUUAAGUGUACUUAGCUCUGCAGUAGAUAUUUUAGGUUGGCUCCAAGAUCUGCUUUUUGGGAGCAAAAGACUCCGCUUGCAGGUCCCCCUGCUUAACUUCUGGGGAUACCCCCCCAACAACUCUUUCAACAGAGUCUCCCCAUUUUCUCCAGCAUUUUCAGAAGAUUGAAAGGUUUAGGGAAUAGCACUUCUAUGAAAGCAUUUGUCAUGGCAGCAAUUUCUGUGUUGAUUACGUGAAGAAAUGUUGGAGGCAAGUGCCUGCUGCUUCUUAUUUUGUUUAACAACAUAGAAGCACCCAAUUCCUGGAAUGUUCUAUGACAUUUAAAUUUGGAAAGUCUAGGUUGUAACAAAAUAACAAACCAUGGGAAAUUGUUGGGUUACCUCUGGGUUGUUUGGCCAAAAACACUCAUUGUUGCUAGGUUGAGACAUCGCAAAACAACCCAGAAAAGGGGCCUUCAAGGGUUAUUGACUUGAAACUAGAAAGGUUAUUGACUUGAAACAUCACUUGCAGUAUACAUGCCCAGGAAUUCCUGGGUUAAACAACUCAGGAAUUGCCAGUGUGAUGGCUUUAAAAUAUCCAACUGUAUGGAGAACAGGCAAUAUUCAAUUAGUCUGAAGUAUCCAAAAGAUGCAU